UGUGGUGCCAGUGAGCGAUCCCAAGAAAAACACGAAAAACAGGAGAAACCAAAGUCAGCGCUUUCACACCACAAAACCCGGUUCAGCAAGGACAACAGUUACAGAAACGUACACGAAAGCACAUAAUGGGGAUCGUUGAAGAAGCUCACAACGUGAAGAUUUUGGGGUCCGGCGAGCGGAACAUAGUGCUAGCCCAUGGCUUCGGCACCGACCAAUCGAUGUGGAAGCACCUUGUUCCCCUCCUCCUCGACGACAACCACCGGGUCAUUUUGUACGAUAAUAUGGGCGCCGGAACAACAAACCCGGACUACUUUGACUUCGAACGCUACUCGACAAUUGAGGGUUAUGCGUACGACUUACUUGCCAUUCUAGAAGAGCUUCAACUUGAUUCCUGCAUUUUAGUGGCCCAUUCAGUCUCGGCCAUGAUCGGCGCCAUCGCCUCCAUCACGCGCCCCGAUCUCUUCUCUAAGAUCGUCAUGCUCAGCUGCUCCCCGAGGUACUUGAAUGAUGUGGAUUACUAUGGAGGAUUCGAGCAAGAAGAUCUAGACCAGCUAUUCGAAGCGAUGCGGUCAAACUACAAGGCGUGGUGCUCAGGGUUCGCCCCACUAGCCGUGGGCGGGGACAUGGACUCGGUGGCGGUCCAAGAAUUCAGCCGGACACUGUUCAACAUGAGGCCAGACAUAGCCCUGAGCGUGGCUCAGACCAUAUUCCAAAGCGACUGGAGACAAGUACUAGGCCUCGUCACCGUGCCCUGCCACAUAAUUCAGAGCAUGAAGGACUUGGCCGUGCCGGUCAUGGUGUCAGAAUACUUGCAUCAGAACCUUGGCGGUGAGUCCGUCGUUGAAGUCAUGUCAUCGGACGGUCAUCUUCCCCAGUUGAGCUCGCCGGAUGUUGUGAUGCCGGUGCUUCUCAGGCAUAUUCGUUUCGAUAUUCCUGUAUGAUGUUUGUGCUUGUUAUUUAGUUGUGUGUGCUAAUUUAGUAUUGGACGAAAAUGGGCCGCAAAAUCACUAUCGUGGCACUAUGGUGAUUCAACACCUGGUCUCAUUUCUCUCAAGAGAACCCUGCAGUGGCGGAGGUUUGAGCUAUAGUACUGUGGGGGAGCAUAUAAUCCUGUCAUGUAUAAUUAAGUUCUUUGCAACAAGUUACUAACUGUCUUAAUCGUC